AUGAUUUUAUAGCAAGAUUUAGAGGAGGAUCAGAAAAGAUAAGUAUAUGAAUAGCUAGGUGAUAAUCCUACUGAUGUCGAUAUUAAAUAUGUUAGCUACUUACGAAAUAUUCCAUUACUUACUAUUAAACAGUGGCUAGAUGAAAGAGAAGGACUUGAAGUUCAGAUUGAAAUACAACCUGAAGAAGAGAAGGAUAUAGAGGUAAUUACAUAAAAAAAAGUUAAAUAAUAACGUUUUCAAAAUCUAUAAGUGAAGGAAGAAGGCAUUUCCAAAUAACACGCGUCAGAAUUGCAGAAAAAAAAGAACAAGACUUCAGAAUCUAAGGAUAAAGGAAAAUAACAUAAAAAGAAAGAAUCAAAUAAGUCAAACUUAGCCAACAAAAAAAUCUAAAAACUAAAUUCUAAAACUUCAAAUAUCUCUAAUCAUCAAUCUUAAGAUAAAAAGUAAUCUGACAACAGUAGUAAAAAUUAAAAUUAGAAAUACUAAAACAAAUUUUUCUUAUUAAAAUAAUUCGACUAAAUUUAAUAAAAUUUAGCUGAAGUAGUAUAAAAUAAUAUUUAGUUGAAUUAACCCUAACAAGAGAAACCAGAAAAUCAAAAUCAUAAAUAGAAUGACUAGCUAGCUAAAAUACGAACUGGGACCCUACAAUAAAUUAAAUAAACUGAGCAAGUAUCAAAACCUCUAAGAAUUUGCAUUUAAAAUUAGGAUUCAAUUUAGAAGUAAACUUAAUAGAAGAUUUAAAGCAACACUUAAUCAAAUGACAAUAAAUUGAAUAAUUCCUCUACAUAAUCCAACUAGAAUUCAUAGGCUGCAUCUACGACAUAACCAAAUUUACAAUCAUAAUAAUAACUUCGAAAAGACUAGGCAAAUACUACAAAAUCAAGUAAUGCAUCCUAACCAAGUAAUUAGCUUAAAUAACCUCAAACUCAUCAUUAAAAAAAAGAAAAAAUCAAACACAUUAUUGUAUUAGAUGAUGAUUUUAAUCUAAGCUCAAGUAAUAAUAACCAUAAGAAGUAGGGUACAUAACCUAAAUAAAUAGGAAAGGAUUCAAAUUAAUAGAAAUAAGUAACUAAUAUAAAUCAAAAAUUAACAAAUAAAGAUUAAAAUAGUUUUGAUUAAAAAAAUAAUAUUGCCAAUUCCAGUCAAUAAAUUGCUACUUAGAUAUCUAAAUAAAUACCUAUAAACAAGAAUCAAAAAGAUAAUAUUGAUUAAAAAUAAAAAAGUCCACAUGAUUAAGAAUAAAACUAUGAAAAUGAAUAAAAACAACUUUAAAAAGAAUUAGGCAUCAUUUCUAAAUCUUCUCAAUAGCAAUAAUCAUAAUAAGAAUUAUCAAAAUAAACCACUAUAAUAGAACCUUUUAAUUGUUCUAAUUAACCAGUAGAACAAAUAUAAUCAUCAAUAAUUGCAAAUUAGUAUUUGUAAUAGUAAAAUCUUAAUGAAACCUAAGAUAAAAUCUGUAUUCAAUAGAUAGUUGAAUAAGGACUCAGUCAAAAUUAGGAAUAAAAUGAUAUAUCAGAAGUUCACUCCAAUAUUUAAUCUCAAAGAUUUACAAGUAUCAAUUCACAAUAAUCGCACCUAUUAUGCUCCAACAAUCAGAAUCUUCUUACCCCUUAGAAAAGUUAAAACAUAGAUUAUUUAAUCAACAAGCAAGCCUCAGUUACUUCUGAACUGAGUUUAAUUCAAUAAUAAUUAAAUUAGGCUUUGCAUCAACCAAAUUCAAUAAAUCAUGAAGUCAAAUAAUAAUAUUAUGGGUCUUAAGAGAUGAUGUCACUACUGAAUUAGCAUUCUUAAACAUUGACACAAGUAGUUUCAAUGCUAUCAACGAUUGGAAAUUUUUAGUUCUCUUUGAUGGAAAGAUUAAAUUUAGUAUACAAUUCAGUGAACAAUCGUUGA